UUUGCCGUACUGGGGAUUGAACUCACGACCUCACACUUGUCAGGCAGGCGCUUAUGUGGCUGAGCUAAAUCCCCGGCCUCAGAUUUUUUUCUCGUUACAGUCAUAUCCUCACAUUUUCAGAAUCUUUUCCUGAGCUUUAGGAAAUGGUUGGUGAGCUAGGGAAGAACCCGGGCACUGGUUACGCAGGUGCGGCCCUGUGAGUGAGGAAGAGUGCGCAAUGCUUUUCUCACGGGCAGAUGGGGCUCCGAGUAAGUGCCAGGGUGGCGGGGACCUCGGAGGCUGAGGCAGGCACAGGACGCUUUGGGCUGCCUGGUGGUUUUUUCCCUUCUGUACUAGGGAUUGGACCCAGGCCUCUGGGUGUGUGCGCGUGUGUGCACACACGGUAGGACUUAAGUUGCCAGGCUGGGCUGGGCUCUUGCUGGCCCUCCUGCAGUAAAGAAGACUAGUUUUCUUUUCUUGAUAUUUUACUACAAAUCUGCAAAUAAGCCACAGGGAAAGAAGCUGAAAACAGAGACGGAGAUUUCCUGAGAGGACAUGAGAGCUUUUUCCACUUACCCAGAGCUCCCACUCUCCUGGGAUUAGGUGCCUCCCCUCCAGGCCUCCUUUUCUUUCCUUCUUUUUUUUGUUUUGCUUAAGUUAAAAUUCAAGCUUCUGUCACAAAGUGACUGAUGUGUGUGUGUGUGUGUGUGUGUGUGUGUGUGUAUCUGUUGCAUAACUGUGUUUGUUUUUAAAGACAAUGUCUUCCUAGAUAGUUCAGGCGGGCUUUGAGCUUACUGUGUAGCCCAGGGUGGCCUGUAAAUCAAGGAUAGUCUGCCUGCCUCAGCCUCUCCAGUGCUAGAUUAUGGGCAUGUGCCACCACACCUGGCUUAAUCUACUCUUAAAAAUAAUGUGAGGCUUUAAUGAUAAAUACCCAUUUUAUGCUUAUUGAUUUCAUCCCCUUAUAAUUUUUUAAUUUUUCAAGUUCAUACCGCUGUCCUUCAGACAUUUUAGUAAGAAUUUUAGUAAGACAAUUAUUUUAGAUAGGCUUUUAAAUCUAGAUAAGUUAUAUUUUUACUUAGUGGAUAUUUUUCUAGAUGAACAAGAUUGACAGAAUUCAAUAUUUGAAUUUUUCCAUUUGUUCACGUGUUACACUCAUGGAUAGUUUAGGAAGGGAAAAGGUAAUGGUGAAAACAGGAUUAUAAACUCUACUUUGUAUUCUUGAAUCUGUGAUGCGCAUGCAUAAAUUUUAAAGUAAUUCUUGAGUUGGCCUCAAAGAAGCUCUAGGCCAGGAAGAAGCUUCAGAAUAGGAUGUGAUAAGUAUUUGAAAGUCACAGCAGAAGAUGUGUUUUGCAGCACAGUGGUAGAAGGAAGAAAUGGCUUGGUUUUGUGUUUGUAACCUGGAUGUCAGGCUCAGAUGAAGAAGGCAGACACAGGAUGAGGUGAAGACUGCUGGACUUAAGGGGCUCUGCAAGCCGGGGUUGUGGAGGUGGCUGGAGCAGGCCGUGGGGACUGGUAAAUCAUGGCCACCAUAGAAGAAAUUGCGCAUCAGAUUAUUGAACAGCAGAUGGGAGAGAUUGUUACAGAGCAGCAGACUACGCAGAAAAUCCAGAUUGUGACAGCGCUUGAUCCUAACACCCAGGGCAAGCAAUUCAUCCUGACGAACCAUGAGGGCUCCACUCCUGGCAAGGUCAUCCUGGCCCAGCAGGACUCCACUCCAGGCAAGGUUUUCUUCGCCACUCCAGAUGCGGCAGGCGUCAACCAGCUCUUCUUCACGCCUCCUGACCUGUCCACUCCACAUCUCCAGCUCUUAACAGAUAGUUCUUCACAAGACCAAGGACAAAAUAAAGGUUUUGAUCUUUGCGUAGUAUGUGGCGACAAAGCAUCAGGGCGUCAUUAUGGAGCAGUAACUUGUGAAGGCUGCAAAGGAUUUUUUAAAAGAAGCAUCCGAAAAAAUUUGGUAUAUUCAUGUCGUGGAUCAAAGGACUGUAUUAUUAACAAACACCAUCGAAAUCGAUGUCAGUACUGCAGAUUACAGAGAUGUAUUGCCUUCGGAAUGAAACAAGAUUCUGUUCAAUGUGAACGAAAACCCAUCGAAAUGUCACGAGAGAAGUCUUCCAACUGUGCUGCCUCAACAGAGAAGAUCUAUAUCCGCAAAGACCUCCGAAGUCCGUUAGCUGCAACGCCCACCUUUGUGACGGACAGUGAAACUGCAAGGUCAGCAGGGCUGCUGGACCCGGGGCUGUUUGUGAACAUCCAUCCGGCGGGGGUAAAAGCCGAGUCAGCUGUGCUGGUGGCUCCAGAGAAGGCUGAAUCAUGUCAGGGAGAUUUAAGUACUUUGGCCAGUGUGGUUACAUCAUUAGCAAAUCUUGGAAAGACAAAAGAGCUUUCUCAGAAUGGAAAUGACGUGUCUGUGAUGGAAAGUUUGAAUGACGAUGACGCACCUUUAAAUGACUGUCAUCAAGAAAUGCAGACCAGUGGUGAUGUCUCAAGGGCAUUUGACACCCUCGCGAAAGCGCUGAACCCCGGAGAGAGCAGCGGCGAGCAGAGCUCAGGGGAGGGCACAGAAGGCGGUGGAGCCCUGGCCGCGGGGGAGCCCAGCCCCAGUUACGUGGAGAAAGAGGGGCCGCUUCUCAGCGAGUCACAUGUGGCCUUCAGGCUCACCAUGCCUUCUCCUACGCCCGAGUACCUGAAUGUGCACUACAUUGGGGAGUCUGCCUCCAGGCUGCUGUUCCUAUCAAUGCACUGGGCACUUUCCAUCCCUUCUUUCCAGGCGCUAGGGCAAGAAAACAGCAUAUCAUUGGUGAAAGCUUACUGGAACGAACUCUUUACUCUUGGCCUUGCCCAGUGCUGGCAAGUGAUGAAUGUAGCAACCAUAUUAGCAACCUUUGUCAACUGUCUCCACAGCAGCCUGCAACAAGAUAAAAUGUCACCGGAAAGGAGAAAACUGUUGAUGGAGCACAUCUUCAAGCUGCAGGAGUUCUGUAACAGCAUGGUUAAGCUGUGCAUUGACGGGUACGAAUAUGCUUACCUGAAGGCGAUAGUGCUCUUCAGUCCAGAUCAUCCAGGCCUUGAAAAUAUGGAACAGAUUGAAAAAUUUCAGGAAAAGGCUUACGUGGAAUUCCAAGAUUACAUAACCAGAACAUAUCCAGACGACACCUACAGGUUGUCCAGGCUGCUGCUCCGGCUGCCAGCCCUGCGACUGAUGAACGCCACCAUCACGGAAGAGCUGUUCUUCAAAGGCCUCAUUGGGAACGUACGGAUCGACAGCGUCAUCCCGCACAUUCUAAAGAUGGAGCCCGCGGACUAUAACUCGCAGAUAAUUGGCCACAGCAUUUGAAAGCUGUGAUCACCUAGUGUAAAUUUAUUGUUCCUUCCUGGAACACAAAAGGAUACCAAAUUGAACUCAUCUCUUCCAGGGUGUCUGGAAAUUUUGACUUUAAAAAGUUACCAAAAUCCAAGGUAUUUUUACUUCAGCUUCCUUAAAAAGAACUUUUGAAGUGACUGGACAGUCAGCAGGAAUUAGAUUUCCCUUUCUGUCUCUGUUUUGUAUUAUAAAACAAAUAAAUUAGUCUUUUCCCCCUAAAUUGUGUUCUAUUCAUAUUUAACUUUAUUGUGAACUAAUAUACUUACUGGCCAUUAUCCCUAAGGAGAAAUUCCUUAUUUGUAUUUUGAUCUUCCAUAAUGUAAUCUGUUUUAAUUGCCAUGUUAAAGAUUAUUUUAUGCUCAAUGGUAUGAUAAUAUUAGAACUGUAGAAAAUAAUAGUCAAAUAUAUAUUUUUUGUCUUUGUAAAUUCAUAAUCUCCUUUAGCAUACACUACUCAUUGCUGGCAAUGAGACAUAGGCCAUUCAUGACUUUAAAUAUUGUGUUUUAUUAGUUAUAAGCACUUUUUAGGUGGCAAGAAAUUGAUUUUGAGAAUAAGAUGGGGUUAUUAUUUCUUUGUUUAUUGGUAUAUAUUAAAUAUAGUGGAAUCUAAAGCCCCAAUAUUUCACCUUUUCAAAAUGAAUAUUAAAAUUGUUGCUUUUACAUAUUCCAAGGGAAGCACUUGAAUUUCCCUUCUUCCAAUACCUGUGUGUUACAGCUUACUGACUGCCCUGGGGUUUGGGGGAUUUCUUUCAGAAUGUUAGAAGAGCUGGUCCAGGUUGUUCAAUAAUGACUUGUCAUAGCCAGUCCAUGUUUUCAAAAAAGUCUGUGAUUAAACAGUGAUUUUAAAACAUUCGAUAAUCUUUAAAGGAACAUGUACUGAUUCUUUCAUUACAAAGCAGUAGUGUUGAAAGGUCAGCUUGAAGCCAUGUUAUCCCACAACAAAAGCAUUUUUUGUUUUUGUUUUUGUUUUUUUUUUUGCUUUUUCAUUUUGAGACAGGACCUUGCUUUGUAGUUCAGACUGACCUUGAGCUCACUGUGCAGCCUAGCUCACAAAUUCGUGGCAUUCCUCCUGCCUCAGCCUCUCAAGUGCUGGAAUUAACAGUUGUGCUCCACCACACCUACAAAAGCAUUUUACACUUUUGAGUCUCCCCCUGCAAUGUUAUAAGCAAACCUGUUACUGUUAGAUAGUUUGUUGCUCUGAUUUCACAGUGAGUUCUUUUGGUAUGACUUACCAAUUUUCAAAACACAAAUAUGGAGAAUUUGCUGUACUAAGUACAUUUUUUAUAAAGAUUUUUACAAUAGAGAAGCUGAAAUUUUUGGGAGUGUGGAUUUUACUGAUGACUAUUUUAUAGUCAUUUUUUUAAAGUAUCAACUUUUUAAAAGUAUCAACUUAAUCUCUUAACAACUUACUAAGUAAAACUUCUUUCCCAAUUUAAAUCACAAUUUUUGUCAACAACUUUAAAGCUACACACUUAGUAUAUAACACUCAAAUGGAAAAGAAUUAUACCUUUAUAAACCCAUGGUAGUAAGCCAAGGAUUCAGAAAAUUUCCUAAUUCAUGUACCAAUGACUAAUUACGAUGUUUCAGGUAUUUUUUCCUGAUUAAAUUUGUAGUUAUAUAUGGAACUGUUAAGCUAUAUUAAAAUGUUACUUGUGUUACAAA